AUGACGAUUCAUUACAACCAUGCCUUGUCAACAGCUACUUAUGCUUCGUUAUUGCGGAUGGCUGUCCGCUGGAAAGGUAGCUUAUGGAAAACGGUUUAUCAAGAUCUGUUCAUUUGGUGUAUUCUUUAUGCUCUAAUCUCUGUUACGUAUCGAUGUUGGCUUAAUGAAUCUCAGAGACGGACCUUCGAAAGAGUGGUAAAAACAAUGCAAGAUUUUGAAAACUUUUUUCCGCUGACCUUUAUGUUGGGUUUCUAUGUCACUUUAGUCUGUGGACGAUGGUGGUCAAUGAUUAUGAGUAUUGGCCUUAUUGAUAACUUAGCACUAACAGUGGCAAACUAUAUGAGAGGAUUGGAUCAGCGUACGAUUCGAUAUAAACGAGCAAUUGUACGAUACAUGUGUUUGUUACAAGUGAUGGUUUAUCGAUCUGUUAGCACAUCUUGUAAGAAGAAAUAUCCAACCCUAAAAAGUAUUGCUGAUGCUGGUUACUUAGAACCAAACGAACUGUCUCAGUUUUCUGAAGAUAACUUUUGGAUGUCUGUUCAUUGGGCGCUUUCACUUACAAUCAAGGCCCGAGAAGAAGGCCUUAUAAAAUCUGAUUAUUUUGUAAAACAUAUUAUUGAGACCUGCAUAUCUUUUCGUACCUCACAAAUUACACUUUGGAUUUAUAGCUGGAUACCAGUGCCACUCGUUUAUACUCAGGUUGUUUUUAUGACAGUUAGGUUGUACUUUUUGGUCGCUGUUGUCAGCAGACAGUACGUUUUAGGAUCUUCUGAAAAGGUUGCUGAAGCGCUACUGAACCCUUUCGGUGAUGAUGAAGAUGAUUUUGAUGCUGCCUGGUUUUUAGAUAGAAACUUAAAUAAGGCGCAAGCAAUUUUGGAUAACAAUGUACAUGAACCACCCCCACUUUGCGACGACAAAUUUUCCAACUUAAACCAGAAAAAAAGUCCAAGAUCUUCUUCCGACGAGUCUGCUAUCGCCACUAAUGAGGUGUGUUUAGAAGCUACUUAA